AUGUACUUCUUCCUCUCCAACCUGUCCUUUGGGGACAUCUGCUCUACGAACAACAUUGUGUCCAGGAUGCUGACAAACAUGUUGAGCAGGACCAAGAAGGACCCCUUUGCCCAGUGCCUCACCCAGAUGGCAGCAACAUCAAGGAGAAACCAAACUCACGUGACUGAAUUCCUCCUUCUGGGACUGACCACAGACUCAAAACAACAGGUGUGGCUUUUUGCCUGCUUCCUGGCCAUGUACCUGGUCAAUGUGGUUGGCAACUCAGUCAUCAUGGCAGCCAUCUGGGGGGAUGCCCGCCUCCACACUCCCAUGUAUUUCUUCCUCUCUAACCUGUCCCUGGUGGACAUCUGCUUUACCACUGUCAUCAUGCCACAAAUGUUAGUGAACAUGCUGACUCAGACAAAGACCAUCCUCUUUGCCCAAUGCCUCACCCAGAUGUAUUUCUUUGUGGCCUUUGGGAUCACAGACAGCUUCUUCCUGGCUGUCAUGGCCAUUGACCGCUACAUGGCCAUCUGCAACCCACUGUAUUACACCACAGCCAUGAGCCCCAGGCGCUGUCUCCUGCUGGUCACGGCAUCCUGGGUGGUGUCCCACCUCCACUCGCUCACCCACACUGUUCUCAUGGCUCGCCUAUCCUUCUGUGGGCCCAACAUCAUCCACCACUUCUUCUGCGAUGUCCAGCCACUGCUGACACUCUCUUGCUCUGACACCUCUGUCAAUGAGCUCAUGGCCUUCACAGAGGGCUCCUUUGUGAUCAUGAGUCCUUUUAUUUUCAUUAUUGUCUCUUAUGUCUACAUCACCCGAGCUGUUCUGAGGGUCCCCUCAGCAGGAGCUAGGUUCAAGGCCUUCUCCACCUGUGGAUCCCACCUCACGGUUGUGGCACUAUUCUAUGGAACCAUAGUAUCCAUAUACAUUCGCCCCUCAUCAACCUACUCAGUGACAAAGGAUCGUGUGGUCACUGUCAUCUAUACAGUAGUUACUCCCACACUGAACCCUUUUAUUUAUAGCCUUAGGAACAAGGACAUGAAACAAGCCUUGAGAAAGCUAGCAAAAAGGACAGAAUAG